AUGAUGCCAGAAAUGACAAAAUGGCCCAUCUGGGCCUAUUUGCCCAUGAGAUCGACACAGGAUGCGCUGCUGAGGGUCACCAGACAUUGCACUGAAGUGCGCACGCUGCUGGCCACGCAACGAUCAACCCCGUUCACGCGGGAACAAAAAGCCCAGAAAUAUCGCGUGGCAGGUGGCAUUUGCAUCUUCCUAGAUAUUGAACGGGCCUUUGACAUGGUAAACAGGGCUCAACUUUUCAGCAAGUUGGAAUCACUUGGGAUGCCCCCACAAAUAGCAUAUCUCCUCAACAUGUGGCACCAAGACACGGGCUACAACCUCUAUACGCAAGGAACAGAAAGAUACAUCAAGGUUGGGCGUGGCUUGCGGCAAGGAUGUAAAGCUGCGCCGCUGUUAUGGAAUGGUUAUCUUCUUGCGUUUCUUGCUGAGUUGAAAGAACGUGUCUCCCACAGUUGGAUACUGAGAUGCCUCAAUUUUUAUGCAGACGAUGGACAGAUGGGGGACUCGUUUAGAUCAGAGACUGCACUCCAUGAUCUCCUGACCAAUAUUUAUGCCACUCUGGAUUUGCUGAAUGAGUUUGGGAUGACGAUCAACUCAGCCAAAUGCACGGCUCUUGUUGCCAUGACUGGCACAUCCUGCCGAAAGCUCCGCACUGCAUUGACCACGUUUCGUGAUGGAAAAGAAUGGCUGAAACUUGAACAAGCCCAUAAACCGACCAUUUGGCUGCCGGUUGCAACUCAUGCCAAGUAUCUAGGCACUGUGAUGAGUUACAAACAGCUUGAAGACCAAACAGUUUUGCACAGAAUCCAGCUGUCGAAGAUUGCCUUCCAUCGCCUGAGCCGCUGGCUUAAGGGCAAGCGUGGCAUGCCAACAUGGCAAAGACUUCGGAUAUGGUCCACCUGCGUUUAUCCUGUCCUUAGCUAUGGCAUUUGCACGGUAGGAAUCACCUCCCUUGGUGCCACCAAAUUGCAGCAGACCAUGUACAGCAUGCUUAGACAAAUUCUGGAUAACCAUGCAUAUGUUACUGGUCAAAGCCAUCAACAAGUACUUGCCAAGCACAGGGUAGAGUUGCCGCUGAUUUGGAUUGUGAAAACCAUCGACAGCCUGCAACAGUCUGUCACUCAACGCCUCUUGUACACUGCCGUGCACGAUGUUGUAAAUUGGCUUGAUUGGACCCAUCUCUCCAAUUUGAAAGCAUUCCUGAUGGCACAGCUGCACACAGGCCCUGUGGAGUCUCACCUGCCACGAGCUGAACCAGACGCGCUGCCUGCGCAACUUUACUGUUGCAACAAGUUCUGCAAGCUGGCCCUCUUGAGUGUUGGCAACCUGCUGCUGGUCACAUUGCUGAAGCACACGGUGGCCUUGUUACCAUGCUUGCACCCAGACCAGAGGUGCUGUUUGUGCGACCAAUUCCUUGGCCGUACACAAGACCUCAAUCAUCAUCUCAAGCUGCUCCACCCGGAAUAUUGGCCACAUACAGCGGCCAAAGGCAAGCAGCUUACGGCCAUGCACGGCGACGAGACGCCUUGCCCAUACUGCAAUGCAUUGUUCACCAACAUGCACCAAUGCACGGUGUGGACGCAGCUGGCGAUGUUGUUGGUACACGGAGGCAGCAGUUUCGACCAAGACUCCCUGGGACCACCCAAUGUUUUGAAAUGUGAACUCUGCAACCAAGUCCAUGACACAGCAGAAGCCCUCCAUGCACACCUGACCCUGGACCAUCGGUUGGUGAGCACCAGCUACAACCCAGCCAGAGACAGUGUAGCGGGAGAACCCGCUUGCGCCCACUGCGGAGCUCUAUUUGAGCACUUAGAGUCCCUGCGCAGUCACGUGAACCAGGGCAGGUGCCCAAGAUUUGACCCAGAUUUACCAACCGAAGUGCUUGACGUUCAAGAUUCAUGGAUUGCAGCCACAUGUCAUGGAGAACUUGCCAAAACACUGUGUGACGCCCACACCAGACUCCAACUGACAAUCCAAUGUCAGAGUUGCAGCAGCCGUUAUCAUCGUGCCAAUGACCUCUCAGGUCACUUACAGUCUGCGCACUCCAGUCUGUGGUCGGCCUCCCAGAGACUUUGCCAUUUGUUAGUUUCUUUGGUCUACAGCGAUGUUGGUUGCACCUGCAACCCCAGUGUGAGCAAUCCCCGUGCCAACCAUGUGUGUUUGACCCUGACCCAGCUAGCAAUGCAGCACAUGAGAAUUCCCGAUGCCAUCUUCUACCCAAUCACUCCCACAGAUGAAGAGCUGGCCCAGAUGUUCUCCCCCAAAUUGGAUCGUGCUACACGAUUUCUUUUUGAACAGCUGCUCACAAAUAGACAGUUGCCAGCCUUUUGGCAAGAUGCCAAUGUCCUUGAAGUGACUAGGUCUCAAUGCCUCUUUUGUGGUGAGAAGAAUCAUGCGGGAGCACUCACGAUGCAUCUGCAUGAGGCGCAUCAGGGUGGACUGCCACUGGUGAAAUUCAUCCUGCAGCAGCUAUUGCCACAUUUUCUCCAGCGCAAUGUGUCCAACCAGAUCUGGAACGCCUUCCAGGACCUCUCACCAUGGCUGGACACCAGCCUGAAGCUGACCCAGAAUGCCAACCCAAAGCGGCAAAGAAAAGGCGAACCCAGAAAGGGCAACCCUGCCACAGACAACAAGGACAAGAUCCAUCUAGUCAAGGCAAUGACCAUGCUGGCAACCUUGGCCAUCAAAUUGGACAAAGAGAUCCAAACUAUGAAGAAAGAGGACACCUACAUUUUCUUUUUCGCCAACAAAGGCAAAGAGAGCUGUCUGCACACCUUGAUAGAAACGACGGAGCAAUGGGCCCAGAAGCACGCAGAGAACCAGAAGGCGGAUCCACCACUGCAGAGCAUGCCGUUGAGACAGCACCUGAUGCAGGUCCUUUUCAACAACCUGCUCACGAGGAUCGAACAGUUGGGGAAUGCGCCGGAGGGGGCCGAAAUCUUGAAAGCGGCGCAGCAGAACCUUGUGCUGCUGAAGGACAAGACUUGCCCGUAUCUGGAAUGGAGUCCCAGCAAGAAAGCCUUGACGGUCAGCAACAGACCGCCACUCACGCUGAAGCACCUGCAUCAGCUGUGCAGCGAACUCCUGGAAGCCCUGGCCAACCCGGCCUUGGUGGUGAAGUUUCAUGCGUUGCCUUCGGGGAGCAAACAGGAAGUCUCCCCAUGGAAAUUGCAGCUCAGCAUGAGGAUGGACGAGCCCUGGCGCCUGCUGCAAACCCUCUGCAACUCGGGCAUAUGGCUCCUCAUGGGAGCAACUCUGAAGGCACACAGCCUUGUGCAGAGCCCAGCAGCCCACAACUUGCAGAAAGCCCUGAAUCUGACACCGUCGACCAAGGGCAAGGGGAAAGGCAAGAACAAAAUGACUCCCGAGAUGAAACAGGAUGCAGCUGAAUUUGUCAGCACCUGGCUGGGGCUGAUGCAGACUCCAGCGUUUGACAUGAGUUGGGAACGCAGAAUGGAAGAAAAUGACAUGACCCGAGCAUUUGAUAAUAGCCAUUGUCAUACACCCUUGAGCUUGAAGUUCAACAGUUUCCUUGCCAAUUUCAUGACAUGUGAUCUUACGCAGUUGCUGCGUUUGUGGCGACAGGUGGAUGGCAUGUGCGCUGCCCUCUUGCAUGCACCUCAAUGUUUAUGCCUGCACGUGGACCGCUGCACACAAGAUGCCAAUCAGACCAUUUACAAAAGUGACUGCAUGAUUCAUGUUGAUGAGCCUUGCUUGGUGCCUGUUUUUACAGAUGACUCAUUGCGAUUUGAAAUGGUGGAAUAUCAAGUGAUGGCGCUCACGGCGCAUUUCGGCGCUGAUGGACAGGGACAUUAUCGCACUGCCCUGCGCAUUGCACCAACAGUUUUGCAUCUGGCACAACCGGCGAAUUGGCUUUUGACUGAUGACUGGCAGUUACCACAGCCAGUCUGGAAUGUGCCACCAUGGAUGAAACGAUGUGCCACGAUGUUCUGGCUGGUGCGUGUCGAUUGUGCCCACAUUUGGCGCUUCCGCCCCAUCUCAAUGCAGCAAACAGCCUUGACGAAGGCGUUUUUGGAGCAAACAGAAUUAUGGCAACAGUUUACGACGCAAACUGAACAGCAGCUUGCGCACUUGUUUGCAGAACCUGCACCAGAUGCUGACACCCUCAUUGACCAGAUGCAUGUGGAUGUCAUGGAGACCUUUCAAUGGUUUUUCCCUUCAGGACAGCGGCAACGGGGCCCAACGACGUGGCAAUCUGCGUUGCCCACCAUUCUGAACAAAUGGGAACAUCGCCGCAGGAUGCUCAGGCGUUUGCAACUCCUUUUUUUCAAUGUGCAGAAUGUGAUUUUUGUACCAGUGCUGUCAGUGCGUUCAGACGACAUUGCACUACGGUACAUGGGAACACGAUGCAUAGGUGCAUCAGGUGCAAGACUGAGCACACUCAAUCCAAUGCUGGCACAUGCGGCUGACGUUGCUGCCAGAGGCAUUAGACUGAUCACACCAGAUGAGAUGAUGAAUUUGAAACAGCAGGUCUUUGGACAUCGAUUGCUGAACUUGGUGGCUGAGCGCAAUUGGGAAAGCCUUGCUGCUGAUCGAGAGGCAUGUCAGUAUUUGUCUUCACGAUGUAUUAUCUGCUCCUUUCAGUUUCAGCGAUGUCAAGAGCUUCACCAACACUACCGUCUUCAGCACCCGGCGCUCUGGGAGCACGCUCCUCAGAAAGCCAUUCAGCUGACCAACUUAUUCAGUGCAGAGGCUCCAUGUGAACAUUGCGGUGCGCUCUUCAAGACUCACUCCUGCCCCACAUGGUCUCAGAUAUCUGUCUUGUUGGUGAAUGGAGCUGGGCUGGACUCUAUUGAAGCAGAACCCAUGGCUGAGGUUCGACAUCGCUGUGAACUGUGCUUGGCUUGGUUCCCAACGACGGCAGACCUGGUUCAACAUCUCCAGGCGCAACAUAGCCUCCAUGGACUUAGCUUCAAUGAAAGCAGAGAUGCUUUGGAUCACUCGACGGCAUGCUCACACUGUGGAUGUUUGUUUCAGACAAUGCAGGGAUUGAAGUCCCACAUAGUGCAGGGACGGUGUCAACAUUUCAAUCCUCAGGCUUGUCCUGAGACAUUGCCUGUGGAUGAUCUUUGGCGACAGGCCUGCCUGGAUGGCAAACUGAUGGAAAUUUUGCAGUCACCACAAAAUCGCAUGCGUCUGACGAUUGUGUGUCAGGCAUGUGGCAAAGGCUGUCGGCGAUCAUCAGACCUUGCUCUACACCUUCAAUCCUCACAUGCCAGGCUGUGGCGCUUGUCAAAAAGAUUGACACAGAUUUUGGUGGCAGCACUGUAUCAACAGCAAUGCUACUGCAACCCCAGUGUGGGGACCAAGCGCAUUGGACACAUUUGCUUGCCGCUCAGGCAGCUGGCUAUGAGCUUUCAUCGACUUGGCCAUGAACCCUUUGCACCCAUGCUCAUCACAGAACAGGUGCUCCAACAUGUCCUCACCAACAGGUUGCAAAGAGCAGACCGGUAUAAGCUUGAACAAGCCUUGGUUCAUCGCCGCUUUGCAGAUGUUUGGCAGGAUGACGACAUCUUGCACCUCUUGCGCCGCCAAUGCCUCUUCUGUAGCACUGAAAUGGCCACGUCAGAUCUGGCCCUUCACUUGAGAGAGGAGCACCCAUGCGGCCAUGAGAUGUUUCUGUUUUACAUGGAACAACUGCUGCCCACCAUGCAUGCCAAGAAUCCUGAUGGAUAUCAAUGUCAUUUGUGCCAAUUGAUUUACAACUUGCCGCCACACAUGAAUCCUGAAGAGCCAGCGGCAGAGAUGGAUGCACAACAGCAGAUGAUGGAAGCGUUUCAGCAGCUGGCCCCAUUGUUUCAGGUCAAGGACGAGACUCUGCAGCUGCCUCCCAACCCCAGGGCCACCAAAGCAAGACGGCGGGAAGACCAAGGAAAACAAGGUUCAACACCAGCCGUGGACACCCAGGGAGGUCCAGGGGCGCCAGCCAUGCAGAUGCUAGCCCUCAUGACUCAACUUCUGGUCAAGCACGAUCAAGAACUCCAAAGUCUGAGAAGGAUGGAUCAAUUCAUUCUUUUUUUGAACCCCGAACCUUCAGGAGCCCUUCACGUGCUGCUCCAGGAGUCAGCACAGUGGAAGAAGAAGAUGGACGAUGCAUCAGCCUCGACGAGGAUGCCACUACGGCAGCAUCUCAUGACAACGCUGAUCAACCUGCUCCAGUCCAGGGCGGGCAAGAUCGUGGAGAGCAAGGAGACAGAUGUCUUGUACACCACAUCACUGCAGAAAGGGGUGAUCUUGGCAGAUCGCAGUUUUCCAUUUCACAGAUGGGACAGUGCGUCACAGAAGUUGGUCCUAGACAAGAAGCAGCCUAUCAGCGCUCAAAAGAUGAAACAGCAUCUGGACGAGCUAUUGGACAUGCUCAUCGACAAGGAGCUCAUAGUCCGAUUUCAUGCACUGAGGCCGGUCCAGGACCAAAACAACCAGAUUAUCCCUUGGAGACUGCAGAUCAACAUGCGCAGCGACAGACCCUACGAGCUGCUUUUCCAACUGGCACACAGUGCCAUAUGGAUGACAGUUGGAGCCUCGAUGAAACCGCACACUCAGGGCCAAACACCGCUGGCAACCACACUUCAGUCCAUGCUGCACAAGGAGCAAUCUAUGUGUACGGCAUUGCUGACUGCGGCCCCAUGCAUUUGCGUGAGCAUUGACCGACAUCAUCAAACUGCUGAGGGCGAGGUAGUGCGAAGUAUGUGUACUGUUGCUCUGGACUCAGCGGUGACUUGGCCAAUCUUCACUGGAACACAUUUGACCUGUGAACAGGCUGAUUACAUCGUAGUUGCAGGCACAGCACAUUGUGGACAGGACAGGGCAGGACACUGUCGAGCGCUUUUGAAGAUUCAACCGAGCUUGGUCACGAUGGCACAGCCUGCUUCUUGGCUCUUGACGGAUGAUGCUCAGGUGAACGGUGCCCCUAGAGAGUCUCGUGACCCGUUGCGUCCCUGCUGUGACUCGCCAUUGACCGCUUUCUUCACUGCUCUUCAGAUCACAUCCGGGCGCUCUGCCACUGAGAAGCGACGUUGCAGUGUAGCUCAGACCAGGAUCUUCUUUUGGAUCCUUUUAUCAUUGAUGACAAACCAUGCAAGUACGCCAUUGCAGAGCGGGGGUGAGGGUUACUCCAGUCAGUCAUGGACUGGGGUGGAAGCUGAAGCCGAGUUUUCGGCUGCUGAUUUGACUGCUCUUUUUGCAGCGAAAAUACAUGACAGUGCACCGCAGAGAGACUUCGGUCCGGAGGAGGGCUUCUUCACUAUGCGAUCUCUUGGCAGUAUACAAAAGCGCAGCUACAAAAGAGCUUUCCGACGAGCUGUUCAAUCAGGCUGCGCUUGGUACAGAGGCAAAUGUCUGACACCAGAUCAAUUUUCCAGAGGCUUGCAACAGGGAGCCAUCAGGGUCAAUCGACCCAACUCUCACCACCGUGAUGCUAAGCCCUCAUUUGCACCAAAGUCACGCUUGCAGAUUGGUCAUGUGAACGUGGGCGGACUCUCAGAUGUCAAAAUUCUCCCAGAGGCAGGUUUUUUUGCCCACCACAGGAGGGUCAUUCAACAUUGCCAGCAAGUCAGACAGCUGACCCAGCAGCAACGGCGCAGUGUGCACCAACGAGCUGCAGCGGUCCCCAGCUAUCCUGUAUGUGGUGGCCUACAGGUCCUGUUGGACGCAAACAAAGCCUUCGACUUAGUACCGAGACCAGCUCUCUUUGCCUUCUUGCGCCAGUUGAACAUCAACCAGGCAAUCGUAACCAUCCUGGAGGAAUGGCAUCGAGAUACAGCCUACAUUGUGAUGGACGGCGUGCACAUGUCCAUUCCUGAUGAUGAGGUACAGCCCAUCAGGCCACUGGCCUCACAGAGCUUGCGCCUGGCCACCCCUGAUGCUCAGCCAGGUCAAUACCCGCAACUGACAGAGGCCCACCUGACCCUGCUACUGUCCAAACCUUUUGGCGCUACAGUGUUAGAAUGCAUACGGCACCGUCGAUGGCGAGAUCUGCAGUCCCUGCCAGAAGCUACCAAAGAUAUGACAAACCAUUGCAUUCUUUGUGGGUUGUUCAGCAAUCGGCCACAGGAUCUCAACUUGCAUCUGCGUACGCAGCAUCGACAGCUGUUGCCACAUGUCAUGUCUAAGGCCAGUCAGUUGUGUAAGUCUCAAGCCACAAAUUCACCGUGCAGUUUUUGCAGUCGAAGCUUUCGAAGAGUGCACCAAUGUCCAGUCAUGACGCAAGCAGCGCUGAUUCUGGUGAACACAGACAGCACAGGCAUCUCCUAUGCACAGCCAGGUGCCGACGUGCUCAGAUGCGAUGUUUGUGGGGACACCUUUCAGGAGCUACAGCAAGUGCAUGAACAUUUGCAUACUGUACAUCGGUUGGAACCACAGGACUGGGACCCCUUGAGAGACUUGCUGGACAACAAUCCAGCAUGCGCACACUGUGCGGCCAUUUUCACGGAAAAAUCCUCAGUCCGGCAUCACAUCACAUUGGGACAAUGCCCAAGCUUUGACCCGCUGCGCAUGCCAUCAGAGCUUCCGAUUGCUCAAGAAUGGCAGGAGCUCAUCCAACAUGGCACCAUUGCCACUCUGCGGCAGGCACCCAUGAAGCGUUUGACGCUGCAGAUCGGCAUGAUGGUACAGAGACUGGCCUUGCCCCUGUUCUUGCCUUGGGAAUUUGAACGUGUCACCAUUCGUCAAUUUUUGCAAGCCAUUCAGCAGAACCCAGCCAAGAAACAGAAUCUGAGAGGGCCGACAGAUCUCUGCUGGCUCAAAUUCACCUGCAACAUCAGUGCCCAGUCCUCUUGCAACUUGCUCUUCUUCUGCAAGAUCAUGGACGCCACCGUGGAGUACACGGCAGAGGACUCGGAGAUGCUGGAGACCUUCAAGCUCAUGGGGCCCCUUCUCAAGAUGGACCGAUACGAGCGUCCAGAAGACGACAGAGGCCACAAGAAAGCCAAGAAGGCCAACCCCAACAAGGCAGAGCACAACGCCGACGCCAGCAUCCUCCAGGCGAUGGGACAGUUGCUCCUGAAACUGGAUGCAGAGCAGCAGGCAUGGAAAAGGCAAGACUCAUGGAUUUGCUUCAUGCAAACAGAGCCUCAGGCCAUCCUACCCUCACUGAUCCAGACAGCGGCAACAUGGAAGCAGAAGCUACAGGUGAAACAGGAGCCGAUGCAGGACAUCCCAAUGACACCGCUGAGGUGUGUCCUCACCCAGCACCUGGCAGAGAUCCUCCAACAGCGCCUUCAACGCCUGGCAACCAACAACGACAAGGACCCAUUGAAGCUGGCGGCGCUGGAGCACGGGAUGCUCACACCAGAAGGGGGCUUCCCCUUUCAGCGCUGGAACGCACCGCAGCAGGCACUGAGGAGCACCACACAGACUCCCAUCCCCAUCCAACGGAUGGUGAAGUAUGCCGAGCAACUGAGGGAGAUCCUGAAAGACCCACAGGUCACAGUGAAAUUCCACAGUCUGAGACCGCUCUCAGCAGAGAAAGUGGUGCCCUGGAUGUGGCAAAUAUCCAUGCGAGCGGACGAUCUACAAGUCCUGUUGUCGACAUUGCAAGGCACUCCUACACCCAGCAGACAGGAUCUUCUACGAGGGCUUGCAUCGCUUCAGCUUGCCAAUGACUCCAACUGGUGCUUUGUGAAUGCGGCGGUCAUGACAACGCUGUGGGCCUAUCUGAGUAUGCGCACUUUUACAUUAGAUCAGUGGGGACCACAGGCCACUGAGAUUGCCCAAAUGCUUCUGAAUCAUGACUCCAGGCCAGUUGAACUUUCAACUAUUCCCUGCUUUCAACCAAUGUUUGCGCAGUGGCACGAUUUGGGCAGACAAGGUGACCCAGUGGAAUUUUUGGCGCACUUCAUUAGGGGGAUGCAAUUCACAUGCAUCAACAUGAGCUGGGAAAAGAGAAUCCAGAUUGGAAUGCUUACGGAAACCACUGAUGAAAGUGACUCCUUCACUCCAUUGAUUCUGCGUUUUGAUCCAGCGUUGAUGCAAGAUGAUUCCAUUACUCUAUUGCAAAUGCUACGUGACUGGUCGAAUCAAGAUGGAAUGAUGACUGCACUGUUACAUCCAACACCCAUCCUGUGUGUUCAGAUUGAUCGACACGUGCGCUCAGGCGAUGGUUCUGUCAUCAAGUGCGACAUCCCAGUCAAUUUUCAUUGGGGUUUGGAAGUACCAAUUUAUGCUGGUGACGGCCUGGAUACUGCAUGGCACGACUACAAAGUCAUUGCUGCAAUUGCCCACUUAGGCCACGACACUGCUGGACACUGCCGUGCACUGAUGAAAGUGCAGAUGAAUGCGGACACCUCCCAUCCAUACAUGUUUUUGCUCACAGACGACUGGCAAAAGGCGGUGCCGGUAUGGAAGGAUCUGACGAUGGAACUGCAUGCAGCACACUUUAUAGCCUUAGGUGUUCAUGCCUUACAGGGCAUGCUAGCAUCUCCUGCCAAGACCUUCCCACGAAGGCCACCUAAUGCUGGUGCGGUGCGCGCGAACUUUUGCAAAGAAAAGGUGAACGGUGCCCCUAGAGAGUCUCGUGACCCGUUGCGUCCCUGCUGUGACUCGCCAUUGACCGCUUUCUUCACUGCUCUUCAGAUCACAUCCGGGCGCUCUGCCACUGAGAAGCGACGUUGCAGUGUAGCUCAGACCAGGAUCUUCUUUUGGAUCCUUUUAUCAUUGAUGACAAACCAUGCAAGUACGCCAUUGCAGAGCGGGGGUGAGGGUUACUCCAGUCAGUCAUGGACUGGGGUGGAAGCUGAAGCCGAGUUUUCGGCUGCUGAUUUGACUGCUCUUUUUGCAGCGAAAAUACAUGACAGUGCACCGCAGAGAGACUUCGGUCCGGAGGAGGGCUUCUUCACUAUGCGAUCUCUUGGCAGUAUACAAAAGCGCAGCUACAAAAGAGCUUUCCGACGAGCUGUUCAAUCAGGCUGCGCUUGGUACAGAGGCAAAUGUCUGACACCAGAUCAAUUUUCCAGAGGCUUGCAACAGGGAGCCAUCAGGGUCAAUCGACCCAACUCUCACCACCGUGAUGCUAAGCCCUCAUUUGCACCAAAGUCACGCUUGCAGAUUGGUCAUGUGAACGUGGGCGGACUCUCAGAUGUCAAAAUUCUCCCAGAGGCAGGUUUUUUGCCCACCACAGGAGCCAGGAGGGUCAUUCAACAUUGCCAGCAAGUCAGACAGCUGACCCAGCAGCAACGGCGCAGUGUGCACCAACGAGCUGCAGCGGUCCCCAGCUAUCCUGUAUGUGGUGGCCUACAGGUCCUGUUGGACGCAAACAAAGCCUUCGACUUAGUACCGAGACCAGCUCUCUUUGCCUUCUUGCGCCAGUUGAACAUCAACCAGGCAAUCGUAACCAUCCUGGAGGAAUGGCAUCGAGAUACAGCCUACAUUGUGAUGGACGGCGUGCACAUGUCCAUUCCUGAUGAUGAGGUACAGCCCAUCAGGCCACUGGCCUCACAGAGCUUGCGCCUGGCCACCCCUGAUGCUCAGCCAGGUCAAUACCCGCAACUGACAGAGGCCCACCUGACCCUGCUACUGUCCAAACCUUUUGGCGCUACAGUGUUAGAAUGCAUACGGCACCGUCGAUGGCGAGAUCUGCAGUCCCUGCCAGAAGCUACCAAAGAUAUGACAAACCAUUGCAUUCUUUGUGGGUUGUUCAGCAAUCGGCCACAGGAUCUCAACUUGCAUCUGCGUACGCAGCAUCGACAGCUGUUGCCACAUGUCAUGUCUAAGGCCAGUCAGUUGUGUAAGUCUCAAGCCACAAAUUCACCGUGCAGUUUUUGCAGUCGAAGCUUUCGAAGAGUGCACCACUGUCCAGUCAUGACGCAAGCAGCGCUGAUUCUGGUGAACACAGACAGCACAGGCAUCUCCUAUGCACAGCCAGGUGCCGACGUGCUCAGAUGCGAUGUUUGUGGGGACACCUUUCAGGAGCUACAGCAAGUGCAUGAACAUUUGCAUACUGUACAUCGGUUGGAACCACAGGACUGGGACCCCUUGAGAGACUUGCUGGACAACAAUCCAGCAUGCGCACACUGUGCGGCCAUUUUCACGGAAAAAUCCUCAGUCCGGCAUCACAUCACAUUGGGACAAUGCCCAAGCUUUGACCCGCUGCGCAUGCCAUCAGAGCUUCCGAUUGCUCAAGAAUGGCAGGAGCUCAUCCAACAUGGCACCAUUGCCACUCUGCGGCAGGCACCCAUGAAGCGUUUGACGCUGCAGAUCGGCAUGAUGGUACAGAGACUGGCCUUGCCCCUGUUCUUGCCUUGGGAAUUUGAACGUGUCACCAUUCGUCAAUUUUUGCAAGCCAUUCAGCAGAACCCAGCCAAGAAACAGAAUCUGAGAGGGCCGACAGAUCUCUGCUGGCUCAAAUUCACCUGCAACAUCAGUGCCCAGUCCUCUUGCAACUUGCUCUUCUUCUGCAAGAUCAUGGACGCCACCGUGGAGUACACGGCAGAGGACUCGGAGAUGCUGGAGACCUUCAAGCUCAUGGGGCCCCUUCUCAAGAUGGACCGAUACGAGCGUCCAGAAGACGACAGAGGCCACAAGAAAGCCAAGAAGGCCAACCCCAACAAGGCAGAGCACAACGCCGACGCCAGCAUCCUCCAGGCGAUGGGACAGUUGCUCCUGAAACUGGAUGCGGAGCAGCAGGCAUGGAAAAGGCAAGACUCAUGGAUUUGCUUCAUGCAAACAGAGCCUCAGGCCAUCCUACCCUCACUGAUCCAGACAGCGGCAACAUGGAAGCAGAAGCUACAGGUGAAACAGGAGCCGAUGCAGGACAUCCCAAUGACACCGCUGAGGUGUGUCCUCACCCAGCACCUGGCAGAGAUCCUCCAACAGCGCCUUCAACGCCUGGCAACCAACAACGACAAGGACCCAUUGAAGCUGGCGGCGCUGGAGCACGGGAUGCUCACACCAGAAGGGGACUUCCCCUUUCAGCGCUGGAACGCACCGCAGCAGGCACUGAGGAGCACCACACAGACUCCCAUCCCCAUCCAACGGAUGGUGAAGUAUGCCGAGCAACUGAGGGAGAUCCUGAAAGACCCACAGGUCACAGUGAAAUUCCACAGUCUGAGACCGCUCUCAGCAGAGAAAGUGGUGCCCUGGAUGUUCGACAGUAUGGGGACUCCUGGGCAUGUCGAUGAAGCCUCACACGUUGCACCAGAGCAAGCAGGGGAUGCACCUACAAUCACUCAUGGGGAAGGGGGGAGGGAAGAACCACGGCAAACACCAGGGCAAGUCGAAGACUCAGACCUCAUAGCCCCUACAGGCACUCCUACACCCAGCAGACAGGAUCUUCUACGAGGGCUUGCAUCGCUUCAGCUUGCCAAUGACUCCAACUGGUGCUUUGUGAAUGCGGCGGUCAUGACAACGCUGUGGGCCUAUCUGAGUAUGCGCACUUUUACAUUAGAUCAGUGGGGACCACAGGCCACUGAGAUUGCCCAAAUGCUUCUGAAUCAUGACUCCAGGCCAGUUGAACUUUCAACUAUUCCCUGCUUUCAACCAAUGUUUGCGCAGUGGCACGAUUUGGGCAGACAAGGUGACCCAGUGGAAUUUUUGGCGCACUUCAUUAGGGGGAUGCAAUUCACAUGCAUCAACAUGAGCUGGGAAAAGAGAAUCCAGAUUGGAAUGCUUACGGAAACCACUGAUGAAAGUGACUCCUUCACUCCAUUGAUUCUGCGUUUUGAUCCAGCGUUGAUGCAAGAUGAUUCCAUUACUCUAUUGCAAAUGCUACGUGACUGGUCGAAUCAAGAUGGAAUGAUGACUGCACUGUUACAUCCAACACCCAUCCUGUGUGUUCAGAUUGAUCGACACGUGCGCUCAGGCGAUGGUUCUGUCAUCAAGUGCGACAUCCCAGUCAAUUUUCAUUGGGGUUUGGAAGUGCCAAUUUAUGCUGGUGACGGCCUGGAUACUGCAUGGCACGACUACAAAGUCAUUGCUGCAAUUGCCCACUUAGGCCACGACACUGCUGGACACUGCCGUGCACUGAUGAAAGUGCAGAUGAAUGCGGACACCUCCCAUCCAUACAUGUUUUUGCUCACAGACGACUGGCAAAAGGCGGUGCCGGUAUGGAAGGAGCCAUCAUGGCUUCUGCGUAACAUUUCCUGUUUUUGGCUGGGAAGAUGUGAUCAGAUUUCACUACAUGACCUGCGGCCUGACCUGAAUCAAUUCAUGUUGCGCCCACCUGAGCCCACAAGAAUGCUACAGGCCUCUGACUUGCUCAGUCACUUUGUUGAGGGCACCGAUGAAAAUGCAAUGCCAGACUGA